CAUUCAUUAGUAGAAAUGAAGAUGAUGAGGGCAUCAAUACAUUCAUCUCCGCCGUUUGUUUUGCUCAUCAUCACGCUGGCCACCGUUGUUUUUGACACGAUUAGCGUCACCAACGGUGAGUUUUUGAUCGGGCUGGGUAGCUAUGAUAUGACAGGCCCAGCGUCGGAUGUGAACAUGAUGGGCUAUGCCAACAUGAAACAAAGCACCGCCGGUAUUCACUUCCGGCUACGAGCGCGAGCCUUCAUUGCAGCCGAAGGGUCCAAAGGCCCAAGGUUCGCAUUUGUGAACCUUGAUGCCGGUAUGGCUUCUCAGUUGGUUACAAUUAAGGUCCUCGAGAAACUUAAAUCAAGGUACGGAAAACUGUACACUGAAGAGAACCUAGCGAUUAGUGGGACCCACACCCAUGCUGGGCCAGGCGGGUACUUGCAAUACGUGCUCUACUCCGUCACCUCCCUUGGCUUCGUUCAACAAUCCUUCGACGCCAUGGUCACUGCCAUCGAGCAGGUCAUUGUCCAAGCCCACACCAAUCUCAAGCCCGGUUCCAUUUUCAUCAACAAAGGAAAUGUGAUAAAUGCUGGAAUAAACAGAAGCCCAAGUGCUUAUCUCUUCAAUCCACCCGAGGAGAGAGCCCGUUACACCCAAGACGUCGAUCCCGAAAUGAGCCUCCUGAAAUUCGUGGAUGGGGCCACCGGAAAGAGCAUCGGAGCCUUCAAUUGGUUCGCAACCCAUGGGACGUCGAUGAGUAAGAACAACAAGCUCAUCAGCGGCGAUAACAAAGGGGCUGCAGCGAGGUUCUUCGAGGACUGGUUUAGAUUAUCUUUCAAAGCGCCUCCUCAAAUGGCUAAAACAGCUUCACAAAAUUCUACUAGUUUACAAGAUGUGAGCAGAUUGGUGGAAAUAGCAAGUAGAAUCAAAGCCACUGGAGGAGAAACAUGUGACGAAACUACAAGUAGAAAAUUCAAAGUGAGGAAGACUGGUGGAUCCCAGUUCGUUGCAGCAUUUUGCCAAUCCAACGUUGGGGAUGUGAGCCCGAACGUUCUUGGAGCAUUCUGCACCGACACUGGCUUACCAUGCGAUUUCAACCAUUCAUCAUGCAAUGGCAAUACCCUACUCUGUGUGGGCCGAGGACCUGGAUACCCAGAUGAGAUACUAAGUACAAAGAUCAUCGGCCAGAGACAGUUCCAAAAGGCCGUAGACCUCUUUAAGACCGCUCAAGAGAAACUGACCGGGAAGAUAGAUUACCGCCACGUGUAUCUGAAUUUCACGAAUCUCGAGGUAAAUUUGGGAUCGAACAAGGUGGUGAAGACCUGUCCGGCGGCCCUCGGUCCUGGUUUCGCAGCCGGGACCACAGAUGGCCCUGGAAAAUUUGGGUUUCAACAAGGUGACGAGGAGGUAAAUGAAUUCUGGAAAUUGGUGAGAAAUAUGCUGAAAGAGCCAAGUAAAGAACAGGUGGAGUGUCAAAAGCCCAAGGCCGUUUUGCUUGAUGCCGGAGAGAUGUUUGACCCUUGGCCAUGGACGCCUGCAAUUCUCCCUAUACAGAUGUUGAGGAUUGGUAAACUCGUCAUACUUUCAGUUCCUGGAGAGUUCACGACCAUGGCUGGGAGGAGACUGAGGGAGGCCGUUAAAGAGACGUUGAUAAGCAACAGCAACGGGGAAUUUGAUGACAACACCCAUAUCGUGAUUGCUGGCCUUACCAACACCUAUUCUCAGUACGUUGCGACGUUCGAAGAAUACAAGCAGCAGCGAUACGAGGCAGCUUCCACAUUGUACGGGCCUCAUACAUUGUCAGCAUACAUCCAAGAAUUCAAGAAACUAGCAAUAUCCAUGGCCAAAGGAGAUAAGCUGAGCCACACCGGACUAUCACCGCCCGAUCUUUCGGACGCCCUAAUAAGCCUCUUACCACCACCAUUCGGUGAUUCAAGCCCUAAGGGAAAGAAAUACGGCGACAUACAACAUGACGUCGUCAUACCAUCUAAAGGAUCAUUUGGGAAGGGAGACAAGGUUAGUGCCACAUUUUGGAGUGCCAGCCCCAGGAAUGAUCUCUUGACCGAAGGAACUUUUGCCGUUGUAGAAAUGCUGUACAAAAAACGGUGGAUACCGGCCUACGACGACGAUGAUUUUUCCUUGUUUUUUAAAUGGAGUAUGGACAAUAGUAGCUCAUAUAGCUUGGCCACCAUUGAAUGGGAAGUGCCCAAAGAAGCGGUUUCCGGGGUUUAUAGGCUAAGGCACUUCGGAUCAUCCAUGAAAUUUCUGCUGCCUCCUAAUCAAUACUUCACUGGCGCUUCGAGCUCAUUCGCAGUUUCUUAGUUGCAAAUUUAGAUCUAGUGUGCAUCGUAAAUUCCGUAUAUGUUGCCUAGCUAGUGUUGUGAUAACAAGGUAAUAGAUGAAGAGAUGGAACUCAUUAAUAAAGUCGGAUAUGUAAUUUACAAUGGGCAUGCUUGGGUGCUA